AUGUCCGGCGGCUGGAACCCCGUUUCUGGACGCGAUGCGUCUGGUGCUCAUCCUGCUUUUGCUCCCGUUGGUGCCCCCAUGCCGACGCAGGGGCAGCCAUACAUCCCUCACUAUGGGGGACCUGCGCCUCAAUACCACGGUUACGUGACUUACACCGGUGGUAUUCCCUACAGCCAUCUCGCCCCGCCCACCUACCCCAUGCAGCCUCCCAUGGGUGGGUUUUACGCCCAGAAGACGUUCGCCUACCAGCCCAACGGGACAGGCAAUGUCCCUCGACAGCCUCAACCUCACCCCGCCAUCGACACGAACAUGCCAGCCGCCCAGAUGACCAACUCCUCCGGUGGAGUCGGUUGUGAGCCUGGCUACAACUACUUCUUCCCCGCUGAGCAUGCCAAGAUGCACGUCUUCAAGAGCAAGACACCUCCCUGGCAGCUCCCCGAGAACACGCAGAUCCCCUUCAUCGCCUCUCACGUCCCCUGCGGGACCAAGCUGGGCGACCUGCUCAAGGGAUUCGGCUGCACCAACCCGGUGCCCAAGAAGAACCUCUGCUUCGAGGUCUAUGCUGGUGGGAACGGGAAGUGGUACAAGGGGUUCUGCUUUGCUGGUGAUGAGAAGGAGCAGCUGAAGAAGACCAUCAAGGAUGUUGGUUGGGGGCCGGACAGGACAGGGGAGCCGGGCGCGAAGCCCAUUGUUUGUCUUUGGUUCUGCAAGGGUUGA